UAAGCUACUAGAGUAGUAACUGUCAAUUGCCAUUCUAGAAAUUUAUAACUUGUCUCGCCUACACUGCAGUCGAAGGUAUAAAAAGUCACUCCUCGUCGACGUUUUCGUGCUCCCUUUCUCCCGCGUAUAUAGCCUUGUUGCGGCCUAAGUAUUCAGCACUACCCACUGACCAACCUCUGGAUAACUAUGAAACGAUUGUGUAGUUAGACUCGUUUCUAAGUUGUGACAAUUACCAACGCAAGAGCGUAACGGUGAAUCAAUACAGUGCGGUAACACUGAGGUAGACCCGUCAAUAAAUCUAUGCCGAGAUGGGUCGGCACUACUCAUCAAGCGACGACAGUUGUGACGACCAUUGUGGAAGGGCACGCAGGUCUUUUCAUCGGAACGCUCGAGGUAGAGACAGUCACCACGAAGACUAUCGUGAUGGCCAGCGGACUGACCGAAGAAGCCACCUCAACGAUUCGGACGAUAAUCACCGUCCACAUCGUCAUUACAGCAAUCGAAACGGUCAAUCUCGGCGUCGAUCACCGUCUCCUAUGGAAAUGGUAUCAGUGAAUACUCAUCACAUAUACGAUGACAGACAACAUUUGAAGCAGCUAAACAUACCGACAAAAGUAAACCGAUCGUGCACAGACAUCACCUUCCUAAUUCUGUUCCUCAUGGUGAUAUUCUUGUGGUCUCUAGUUGCCUUCGUAGCGAUAAAAAAUGUCAAUCUCGAAAAUCUGAUGCCACACAAAGACUCCAAUGGAAACCUGUGUGGAACUCGCCAUUUAACGAACAAACGGAUUUUGUACAUAGAAAAUCUGGAACAAUGCGUUACACGUGAAUCAGGCAAGAUCUUCCCAACGUUCAAGUGUACUAGAACAUUCUGCGUUGAGAGCUGCCCGAACAUGACCUCGAUGUCUAAGGAAAGUCAAUUUUGCACGAGAGAUAUUUGCACGAACUAUGUUCUUCAGUCUCGCGAAUUCCUGGGUAUUUGCAUACCUGUAGGAAACUGCGAGCCCAGCAAAACUACUGAAUUCAGCACAGCCAGCACGCCCUACCCAGAUACAACUCGCGAAGCUCUCACAGAAGUUUGCGACCGUCUACAAGCAUUUAGUAUGGCAUUCUAUAUCUUCUGGGACGUAACAGAUGCGUACCCUGUUAUCCUGGGCUUGCUAGGAGUAGCUCUGCUGAUAGCCUUUGUAUGGACGCUAUUGAUGCGAUUUUUCGCCAGUGUCAUCGUUUGGACUUCAUUCUACAAUUUUCUUAUCGUCUUCGGCGGCUUGGCUGUAUUCACGGGUCACAAGGCAUACACACUGCGUUUAAUCGAUCCGAAAAGCGAUAUAAAUUUUGAAACCUUAAACGACCUAAACUACCUGAAGAGUCGCUGGUAUAUUUGGGCCGGGAUUAGCGGAGUCCUGGGUCUCCUCUUCUUGCUUAUGCUCGUCCUCUUGGUUUUUCUACGAAAGAGAGUUCAAAUAGCCAUCGCCCUGAUUAAACAAGCGUCACGGGCAAUCGCCAGUUUACCGACAUUGGUUGUGUUUCCUGUAUUCCCGUACAUCUUACAGGCUGCUGGUUUAGCGUUACUGGUUGCACUUGGAUUCAUAAUACAGGCAGUACACAAUGAAGACAACGCGAAGUCUACAUGCAUCAACGACUUCAAGAACUUGGAUUAUGUUAACAAUGGUAUGGCCGCCAGCUUUUGUGGAGUACUCAUCGAUUUUUUACAGCAUACUGUAGCUAUACAGAUUUUCAAUGUGUUUUGUGGGACCUGGCUGGUUCUAUUUAUAAACGCUUUCGGAUACCUUGUUGUUGCCCACGCUGUAGCCAAAUACUUCUGGACACAUAAAAGUGAGGAACCACAAUGCAUGGCAGUAGUAUCCUCAAUCGGUGUAAUAGUCCGGUAUCAUUUGGGCACGUUGGCUCUUGGUUCGUUGGUAAUUACCAUACUUGGACUCGUAAAAGCGGCUGUUGAAAAAUUUCAACAUAAAGCCAGAAAAGUGAACUCAAGCUCAUGCAUGAAGACGCUUCUUAGAUGCUGCGUAUGCUGUCUCUGGCUCCUUACGAAAUCUCUUAUUUACGUGAACAAGAACGCCUACAUUAUGGUAGCAAUGUACGGUAAAAGUUUCUGCUAUUCUGCUUCGAAGACAUUUAACCUAAUCGUCAGCAACAUACUCCGAGCACUAAUCGUUACUAAGGUGACAAAUUUUAUCAUUUUCAUUGCUAAGGUAACCACUACGAUAAGCAUUUCGGCAAUCACUUUCUUCAUUCUACAUCGAGAGGAUAUACGAAGCGGUUUAGAACUGAAGGAACCCAAAUAUAUUGCAGCCCCUGUUGCGGCGGUAGCACUAAGCUCAUAUGUGCUUAUUUCGUGCUUUUUCAACGUUUACAAUAACGUUAUAGACACGCUGUUUUUGUGCUUCCUUGAAGACACAAACCAGAAUGACGGAUCACGAGAAAGGCCCUACCGAAUGCCUAGUGAGCUACUACGGAUUCUUGGAAAGAAGAACUACAGAAGACGUGAAAAGAAGAACUGAGCCAGCAUCGAGCGGAGCAGUCUAUGCUAUAAGACUGCAUGAACGUCGGCACUGAUAUGCUUAACAAAUAUCAUGCCGUAAGAAAAGUACCCCAAAGUAUUUGCCACUGUACAUUUAUUUCGGAAUACACGGAUAUUUAUUUUCUUUCUUGAGGUGUCCCUUAUGCUAUAGACGUAUGCACACUCAUGAUUCUAAACAAAGUGUGUUACUGAUAUGUGAAUGUGCUUUGCGUAUUGUUAAACGCUGUAGCAUAAAAUCAUCUUUGACUGACUGAGCGAUCCUCAACAGAAACGUUAAUUAAACAUUAAUUCAACCUUAGAAGCUCAAAUAUAUGGUACUACCCUACCUGCCUCCUACCUUGGAUGGUUGCUUAAAAGCAAAAACUUAAUCAUGUCACAAAUUAAACGCUAACUUAAUUAUAUAUAAUAAUAAUUACGAUAUAGUCGUUUUAUUUUAUAGCAAGCAGGACCGGUGUACUCCUUACUUUAAGUUUGUUGUAGUAUACUUACUUAGUGUCGGUAGACAUAAAAUCUGACGUAUGUUUAUACGAGUCGUUGUUAUUUUUAUCUAUAAUUUAUUUUGCUUUUUCUGUUCAUCAAAUGACAUCUAAUGACGGAAAUCUUCAACGUCGAUAAUCAAGCCAAUUAGCUGGAAUAAAAGGUCAAUGGCGGACAAAAAGAAGCUGGGGAAAAAUUCAAGAAUCAGCUCGCUGCAGAUGCCACAGUCCUUUCUAUAAGAAAUAUAAAUAGAGGAAGCUCGAGUUUUCAACAAUGAGUUGAGUCAAUUCACACAACUUCGCUCGUUAAACCCUUCCGCUCAAAGUGUCACAUAGCAUUAAUUUUUUGGUUUUGUUUUGGUUUGAUCGACUUUUUACGAGGAAAAAAUCCUGGAAGAGAGUGUUGAAGGACUGGUAUAAUUCGAAUUCUAGUCGUGUCAGGUUCCGGAAAGAAAAUGUUGAAAGGCAACGUGGCCACGGAGACACUCGCCUCAGCAAAAGAAUGAUGAGCAAGGUGUGCUUUCAAAGAUGCAGAUAGUUAUAAAAAAGAAAAUUGGAUCGCCGUAUUAGCCACUGUCGAGGCCUUUUGGAUGAGAUCUGCGAAUCUCGCUUAACGGAAACGUCUAAGACAGCUGUUGUAAAAUAUUUUUUGAACAAAUUUUGUUCAAAAAAUGUUUAAAAUAAUAAUAAAUAGGUAUUUGCGAUAAUGGCAGAAUCAUGUUGAACCAUUAUAUAAGAGAUACCGUUGCAGCUCGCCUUUCAAAGCAUUUAGCUCUAUCGUUAAAAAAGAUGUACGAAAAUAUAUUCACUAGGUAGUUCUAUUGCUCACCAGGAAACUAUUUACUAUAAUAGCAGCAACGUGUCGGCAUUUAUAUUAAGUUUAUAAUUAAGUUUGUUGAUAAGUAACCAAUCUCAUUGAAUUUAACUACAAAGCAAAAGAAUAUAAAUUGGGUUUCAGCGCUGUGUAAACCCACAAGCGUGAUAGGUUGGGCUAGACUGAAGUGACAACAAGACGCUUCCAAAGCUAAAUGUGACAGUCGCCACAAUGCACGCUGGCGCAUUACAUGUCAAUAACUGAAUUUAAAUAAUAAAUGAGUUGUUACUUCAA